AUGGGAGGGAAGUUGAUGUUAGGGCGAGAAGGGAACGGAGGAGGGGGGCAGGAAAAUGCGCGUGCGAGAACGGGGGGGCGAGGGGAGAUGCAGAGCAGUGAAGGGAAGGAAAUGAAGGGCAAGGGCGCAGCGCAGCAUCCCAGAACAGCACGCGCGGGGGAAGUUGGAACUCCGGACCGGAGGGGCGGGGAGGGGGAAAGCCGCGAACGAUUGCCACUUGGAGCUCCCACUGGCUCGUUUGUCUUUGCUGCAGCACUACCUCCUGCUUCAUUCGCCUUAUCACCUGGUGGUGGUGCAGGCCGUUUCUCCCCCAUCAGUUUCCACCCAUCAGUUUCUCCCCCAUCAGUUUCUCCCCCAUCAGUUUCUCCACAUCAGUUUCUCUCCCAUCAGUUUCUCCCCCAUCAGUUUCUCCCCCAUCAGUUUCUCCCCCAUCGGUUUCUCCCCCAUCGGUUUCUCCCCCAUCAGUUUCUCCCCCAUCAGUUUCUCCCCCAUCAGUUUCUCCCCAUCAGUUUCUCCCCAUCAGUUUCUCCCCAUCAGUUUCUCCCCCAUCAGUUUCUCCCCCAUCAGUUUCUCCCCCAUCAGUUUCUCCCCCAUCAGUUUCUCCCCAUCAGUUUCUCCCCCAUCAGUUUCUCCCCCAUCAGUUUCUCCCCCAUCAGUUUCUCUCCCCAUCAGUUUCUCCCCCAUCGGUUUCUCCCCCCAUCGGUUUCUCCCCCAUCGGUUUCUCCCCAUCAGUUUUCUCCCCCAUCAGUUUCUCCCCAUCAGUUUCUCCCCAUCAGUUUCUCCCCAUCAGUUUCUCCCCCAUCAGGUUUCUCCCCCAUCAGUUUCUCCCCAUCAGUUUCUCCCCCAUCAGUUUCUCCCCCAUCAGUUUCUCCCCCAUCAGUUUCUCCCCCAUCAGUUUCUCCCCCAUCAGUUUCUCCCCAUCAGUUUCUCCCCCAUCAGUUUCUCCCCAUCAGUUUCUCCCCAUCAGUUUCUCCCCCAUCAGUUUCUCCCCCAUCAGUUUCUCCCCCAUCAGUUUCUCCCCCAUCAGUUUCUCCCCCAUCAGUUUCUCCCCCAUCAGUUUCUCCCCAUCAGUUUCUCCCCCAUCAGUUUCUCCCCCAUCAGUUUCUCCCCCAUCAGUUUCUCCCCCAUCAGUUUCUCCCCCAUCAGUUUCUCCCCCAUCAGUUUCUCCCCAUCAGUUUCUCCCCCAUCAGUUUCUCCCCAUCAGUUUCUCCCCCAUCAGUUUCUCCCCCAUCAGUUUCUCCCCCAUCAGUUUCUCCCCCAUCAGUUUCUCCCCCAUCAGUUUCUCCCCCAUCAGUUUCUCCCCAUCAGUUUCUCCACAGCAGUUUCUCCCCAUCAGUUUCUCCCCAUCAGUUUCUCCCCCAUCAGUUUCUCCCCCAUCAGUUUCUCCCCCAUCGGUUUCUCCCCCAUCGGUUUCUCCCCCAUCGGUUUCUCCCCCAUCGGUUUCUCCCCCAUCAGUUUCUCCCCCAUCAGUUUCUCCCCCAUCAGUUUCUCCCCCAUCAGUUUCUCCCCAUCAGUUUCUCCCCAUCGGUUUCUCCCCCAUCGGUUUCUCCCCCAUCAGUUUCUCCCCCAUCAGUUUCUCCCCCAUCAGUUUCUCCCCAUCAGUUUCUCCCCCAUCAGUUUCUCCCCAUCAGUUUCUCCCCCAUCAGUUUCUCCCCCAUUAGUUUCUCCCCCAUCAGUUUCUCCCCCAUCAGUUUCUCCCCCAUCAGUUUCUCCCCAUCAGUUUCUCCCCCAUCAGUUUCUCCCCCAUCAGUUUCUCCACAGCAGUUUCUCCCCAUCAGUUUCUCCCCAUCAGUUUCUCCCCCAUCAGUUUCUCCCCCAUCAGUUUCAGUUUCUCCCCCAUCGGUUUCUCCCCCAUCGGUUUCUCCCCCAUCGGUUUCUCCCCCAUCAGUUUCUCCCCCAUCAGUUUCUCCCCCAUCAGUUUCUCCCCCAUCAGUUCUCCCCCAUCAGUUUCUCCCCCAUCAGUUUCUCCCCCAUCAGUUUCUCCCCCAUCAGUUUCUCCCCCAUCAGUUUCUCCCCCAUCAGUUUCUCCCCAUCAGUUUCUCCCCAUCAGUUUCUCCCCCAUCAGUUUCUCCCCCAUCAGUUUCAGUUUCUCCCCCAUCGGUUUCUCCCCCAUCGGUUUCUCCCCCAUCAGUUUCUCCCCCAUCAGUUUCUCCCCCAUCAGUUUCUCCCCCAUCAGUUUCUCCCCCAUCAGUUUCUCCCCCAUCAGUUUCUCCCCAUCAGUUUCUCCCCAUCAGUUUCUCCCCAUCAGUUUCUCCCCCAUCAGUUUCUCCCCCAUCAGUUUCUCCCCCAUCAGUUUCUCCCCCAUCAGUUUCUCCCCCAUCAGUUUCUCCCCAUCAGUUUCUCCCCAUCAGUUUCUCCCCAUCAGUUUCUCCCCCAUCAGUUUCUCCCCAUCAGUUUCUCCCCCAUCAGUUUCUCCCCCAUCAGUUUCUCCCCCAUCAGUUUCUCCCCCAUCAGUUUCUCCCCCAUCAGUUUCUCCCCCAUCAGUUUCUCCCCCAUCAGUUUCUCCCCCAUCAGUUUCUCCCCAUCAGUUUCUCCCCCAUCAGUUUCUCCCCCAUCAGUUUCUCCCCCAUCAGUUUCUCCCCCAUCAGUUUCUCCCCAUCAGUUUCUCCCCCAUCAGUUUCUCCCCCAUCAGUUUCUCCCCCAUCAGUUUCUCCCCAUCGUUUCUCUCCCCCAUCGGUUUCUCCCCCAUCGUUUCUCCCCCAUCGGUUUCUCCCCCAUCAGUUUCUCCCCCAUCAGUUUCUCCCCCAUCAGUUUCUCCCCCAUCAGUUUCUCCCCAUCAGUUUCUCCCCAUCAGUUUCUCCCCAUCAGUUUCUCCGCUAUCAGUUUCUCCCCCAUCAGUUUCUCCCCCAUCAGUUUCUCCCCCAUCAGUUUCUCCCCAUCAGUUUCUCCCCAUCAGUUUCUCCCCCAUCAGUUUCUCCCCAUCAGUUUCUCCCCAUCAGUUUCUCCCCAUCAGUUUCUCCCCCAUCAGUUUCUCCCCCAUCAGUUUCUCCCCCAUCAGUUUCUCCCCCAUCAGUUUCUCCCCCAUCAGUUUCUCCCCAUCAGUUUCUCCCCCAUCAGUUUCUCCCCCAUCAGUUUCAGUUUCUCCCCCAUCGGUUUCUCCCCCAUCGGUUUCUCCCCCAUCAGUUUCUCCCCCAUCAGUUUCUCCCCCAUCAGUUUCUCCCCCAUCAGUUUCUCCCCCAUCAGUUUCUCCCCCAUCAGUUUCUCCCCCAUCAGUUUCUCCCCCAUCAGUUUCUCCCCCAUCAGUUUCUCCCCAUCAGUUUCUCCCCCAUCAGUUUCUCCCCCAUCAGUUUCUCCACAGCAGUUUCUCCCCAUCAGUUUCUCCCCAUCAGUUUCUCCCCCAUCAGUUUCUCCCCCAUCAGUUUCACUUUCUCCCCCAUCGGUUUCUCCCCCAUCGGUUUCUCCCCCAUCGGUUUCUCCCCCAUCAGUUUCUCCCCCAUCAGUUUCUCCCCCAUCAGUUUCUCCCCCAUCAGUUUCUCCCCAUCAGUUUCUCCCCAUCAGUUUCUCCCCAUCAGUUUCUCCCCAUCAGUUUCUCCCCCAUCAGUUUCUCCCCCAUCAGUUUCUCCCCCAUCAGUUUCUCCCCCAUCAGUUUCUCCCCCAUCAGUUUCUCCCCCAUCAGUUUCUCCACAGCAGUUUCUCCCCAUCAGUUUCUCCCCAUCAGUUUCUCCCCCAUCAGUUUCUCCCCCAUCAGUUUCAGUUUCUCCCCCAUCGGUUUCUCCCCCAUCGGUUUCUCCCCCAUCGGUUUCUCCCCCAUCAGUUUCUCCCCCAUCAGUUUCUCCCCCAUCAGUUUCUCCCCCAUCAGUUUCUCCCCAUCAGUUUCUCCCCAUCAGUUUCUCCCCCAUCAGUUUCUCCCCCAUCAGUUUCUCCCCCAUCAGUUUCUCCCCCAUCAGUUUCUCCCCCAUCAGUUUCUCCCCAUCAGUUUCUCCCCCAUCAGUUUCUCCCCCAUCAGUUUCAGUUUCUCCCCCAUCGGUUUCUCCCCCAUCGGUUUCUCCCCCAUCGGUUUCUCCCCCAUCAGUUUCUCCCCAUCAGUUUCUCCCCAUCAGUUUCUCAGUUCUCCCCCAUCAGUUUCUCCCCCAUCAGUUUCAGUUUCUCCCCCAUCGGUUUCUCCCCCAUCGGUUUCUCCCCCAUCGGUUUCUCCCCCAUCAGUUUCUCCCCCAUCAGUUUCUCCCCCAUCAGUUUCUCCCCCAUCAGUUUCUCCCCCAUCAGUUUCUCCCCCAUCAGUUUCUCCCCCAUCAGUUUCUCCCCCAUCAGUUUCUCCCCAUCAGUUUCUCCCCCAUCAGUUUCUCCCCCAUCAGUUUCAGUUUCUCCCCCAUCGGUUUCUCCCCCAUCGGUUUCUCCCCCAUCAGUUUCUCCCCCAUCAGUUUCUCCCCCAUCAGUUUCUCCCCCAUCAGUUUCUCCCCCAUCAGUUUCUCCCCCAUCAGUUUCUCCCCAUCAGUUUCUCCCCAUCAGUUUCUCCCCAUCAGUUUCUCCCCCAUCAGUUUCUCCCCCAUCAGUUUCUCCCCCAUCAGUUUCUCCCCCAUCAGUUUCUCCCCAUCAGUUUCUCCCCCAUCAGUUUCUCCCCAUCAGUUUCUCCCCCAUCAGUUUCUCCCCAUCAGUUUCUCCCCCAUCAGUUUCUCCCCCAUCAGUUUCUCCCCCAUCAGUUUCUCCCCAUCAGUUUCUCCCCCAUCAGUUUCUCCCCCAUCAGUUUCUCCCCCAUCAGUUUCUCCCCAUCAGUUUCUCCCCCAUCAGUUUCUCCACAUCAGUUUCUCCCCAUCAGUUUCUCCCCCAUCAGUUUCUCCCCCAUCAGUUUCUCCCCCUCAGUUUCUCCCCCAUCGGUUUCUCCCCCAUCGGUUUCUCCCCCAUCGGUUUCUCCCCCAUCGGUUUCUCCCCCAUCAGUUUCUCCCCCAUCAGUUUCUCCCCCAUCAGUUUCUCCCCCAUCAGUUUCUCCCCCAUCAGUUUCUCCCCAUCAGUUUCUCCCCAUCAGUUUCUCCCCCAUCGGUUUCUCCCCCAUCAGUUUCUCCCCAUCAGUUUCUCCCCAUCAGUUUCUCCCCCAUCAGUUUCUCCCCCAUCAGUUUCUCCCCAUCAGUUUCUCCCCCAUCAGUUUCUCCCCAUCAGUUUCUCCCCAUCAGUUUCUCCCCAUCAGUUUCUCCCCCAUCAGUUUCUCCCCCAUCAGUUUCUCCCCCAUCAGUUUCUCCCCCAUCAGUUUCUCCCCCAUCAGUUUCUCCCCAUCAGUUUCUCCCCCAUCAGUUUCUCCCCCAUCAGUUUCAGUUUCUCCCCCAUCGGUUUCUCCCCCAUCGGUUUCUCCCCCAUCAGUUUCUCCCCCAUCAGUUUCUCCCCCAUCAGUUUCUCCCCCAUCAGUUUCUCCCCCAUCAGUUUCUCCCCCAUCAGUUUCUCCCCCAUCAGUUUCUCCCCCAUCAGUUUCUCCCCCAUCAGUUUCUCCCCAUCAGUUUCUCCCCCAUCAGUUUCUCCCCCAUCAGUUUCUCCACAGCAGUUUCUCCCCAUCAGUUUCUCCCCAUCAGUUUCUCCCCCAUCAGUUUCUCCCCCAUCAGUUUCACUUUCUCCCCCAUCGGUUUCUCCCCAUCGGUUUUCUCCCCCAUCGGUUUCUCCCCCAUCAGUUUCUCCCCCAUCAGUUUCUCCCCCAUCAGUUUCUCUCCCAUCAGUUUCUCCCCCAUCAGUUUCUCCCCAUCAGUUUCUCCCCCAUCAGUUUCUCCCCCAUCAGUUUCUCCACAGCAGUUUCUCCCCAUCAGUUUCUCCCCAUCAGUUUCUCCCCCAUCAGUUUCUCCCCCAUCAGUUUCAGUUUCUCCCCCAUCGGUUUCUCCCCCAUCGGUUUCUCCCCCAUCGGUUUCUCCCCCAUCAGUUUCUCCCCAUCAGUUUCUCCCCCAUCAGUUUCUCCCCCAUCAGUUUCUCCCCAUCAGUUUCUCCCCAUCAGUUUCUCCCCCAUCAGUUUCUCCCCCAUCAGUUUCUCCCCCAUCAGUUUCUCCCCCAUCAGUUUCUCCCCCAUCAGUUUCUCCCCAUCAGUUUCUCCCCCAUCAGUUUCUCCCCCAUCAGUUUCAGUUCAUCGGUUCUCCCCCAUCGGUUUCUCCCCAUCGGUUUCUCCCCCAUCAGUUUCUCCCCCAUCAGUUUCUCCCCCAUCAGUUUCUCCCCCAUCAGUUUCUCCCCCAUCAGUUUCUCCCCAUCAGUUUCUCCCCAUCAGUUUCUCCCCAUCAGUUUCUCCCCCAUCAGUUUCUCCCCCAUCAGUUUCUCCCCCAUCAGUUUCUCCCCCAUCAGUUUCUCCCCCAUCAGUUUCUCCCCAUCAGUUUCUCCCCCAUCAGUUUCUACCCAUCAGUUUCUCCCCAUCAGUUUCUCCCCAUCAGUUUCUCCCCCAUUAGUUUCUCCCCCAUCAGUUUCUCCCCCAUCAGUUUCUCCCCCAUCAGUUUCUCCCCCAUCAGUUUCUCCCCAUCAGUUUCUCCCCCAUCAGUUUCUCCCCCAUCAGUUUCUCCCCAUCAGUUUCUCCCCCAUCAGUUUCUCCCCCAUCAGUUUCUCCCCCAUCAGUUUCUCCCCCAUCAGUUUCUCCCCCAUCAGUUUCUCCCCAUCAGUUUCUCCCCCAUCAGUUUCUCCCCCAUCAGUUUCAGUUUCUCCCCCAUCGGUUUCUCCCCCAUCGGUUUCUCCCCCAUCGGUUUCUCCCCCAUCGGUUUCUCCCCCAUCAGUUUCUCCCCCAUCAGUUUCUCCCCCAUCAGUUUCUCCCCCAUCAGUUUCUCCCCCAUCAGUUUCUCCCCAUCAGUUUCUCCCCAUCAGUUUCUCCGCUAUCAGUUUCUCCCCCAUCAGUUUCUCCCCCAUCAGUUUCUCCCCCAUCAGUUUCUCCCCCAUCGGUUUCUCCCCCAUCAGUUUCUCCCCCAUCAGUUUCUCCCCCAUCAGUUUCUCCCCCAUCAGUUUCUCCCCCAUCAGUUUCUCCCCCAUCAGUUUCUCCCCCAUCAGUUUCUCCCCCAUCAGUUUCUCCCCAUCAGUUUCUCCCCCAUCAGUUUCUCCCCCAUCAGUUUCUCCCCAUCAGUUUCUCCCCCAUCAGUUUCUCCCCCAUCAGUUUCUCCCCCAUCAGUUUCUCCCCCAUCAGUUUCUCCCCCAUCAGUUUCUCCCCCAUCAGUUUCAGUUUCUCCCCCAUCGGUUUUCUCCCCCAUCGGUUUCUCCCCCAUCGGUUUCUCCCCCAUCAGUUUCUCCCCCAUCAGUUUCUCCCCCAUCAGUUUCUCCCCCAUCAGUUUCUCCCCCAUCAGUUUCUCCCCAUCAAUUUCUCCCCAUCAGUUUCUCCCCCAUCAGUUUCUCCCCCAUCAGUUUCUCCCCCAUCAGUUUCUCCCCCAUCAGUUUCUCCCCAUCAGUUUCUCCCCAUCAGUUUCUCCCCAUCAGUUUCUCCCCCAUCAGUUUCUCCCCCAUCAGUUUCUCCCCCAUCAGUUUCUCCCCAUCAGUUUCUCCCCAUCAGUUUCUCCCCCAUCAGUUUCUCCCCCAUCAGUUUCUCCCCCAUCAGUUUCUCCCCCAUCAGUUUCUCCCCAUCAGUUUCUCCCCAUCAGUUUCUCCAUCUUUUCUCCCCCAUCAGUUUCUCCCCCAUCAGUUUCUCCCCCAUCAGUUUCUCCCCCAUCAGUUUCUCCCCCAUCAGUUUUCUCCCCCAUCAGUUUCUCCCCCAUCAGUUUCUCCCCCAUCAGUUUCUCCCCCAUCAGUUUCUCCCCAUCAGUUUCUCCCCCAUCAGUUUCUCCCCCAUCAGUUUCUCCCCCAUCAGUUUCUCCCCCAUCAGUUUCUCCCCCAUCAGUUUCUCCCCCAUCAGUUUCUCCCCAUCAGUUUUCUCCCCCAUCAGUUUUCUCCCCAAUCAGUUUCUCCCCCAUCAGUUUCUCCCCCAUCAGGUUUCUCCCCAUCAGUUUCUCCCCCAUCAGUUUCUCCCCCAUCAGUUUCUCCCCAUCAGUUUCUCCCCCAUCAGUUUCUCCCCAUCAGUUUCUCCCCCAUCAGUUCUCCCCAUCAGUUUCUCCCCAUCAGUUUCUCCCCCAUCAGUUUUCUCCCCCAUCAGUUUUCUCCCCAUCAGUUUCUCCCCCAUCAGUUUCUCCCCCAUCAGUUUCUCCCCCAUCAGUUUCUCCCCCAUCAGUUUCUCCCCAUCAGUUUUCUCCCCCAUCAGUUUCUCCCCCAUCAGUUUCUCCCCCAUCAGUUUCUCCCCCAUCAGUUUCUCCCCCAUCAGUUUCUCCCCCAUUCAGUUUCUCCCCAUCAGUUUCUCCCCCAUCAGUUUCUCCCCCAUCAGUUUCUCCCCCAUCAGUUUCUCCCCAUCAGUUUCUCCCCCAUCAGUUUCUCCCCCAUCAGUUUCUCCCCAUCAGUUUCUCCCCCAUCAGUUUCUCCCCCCAUCAGUUUCAGUUCUCCCCCAUCGGUUUCUCCCCCAUCGGUUUCUCCCCCAUCGGUUUCUCCCCCAUCAGUUUCUCCCCCAUCAGUUUUCUCCCCCAUCAGUUUCUCCCCCAUCAGUUUCUCCCCCAUCAGUUUCUCCCCAUCAAUUUCUCCCCCAUCAGUUUCUCCCCCAUCAGUUUCUCCCCCAUCAGUUUCUCCCCCAUCAGUUUCUCCCCCAUCAGUUUCUCCCCCAUCAGUUUCUCCCCCAUCAGUUUCUCCCCCAUCAGUUUCUCCCCAUCAGUUUCUCCCCCAUCAGUUUCUCCCCCAUCAGUUUCUCCCCAUCAGUUUCUCCCCCAUCAGUUUCUCCCCCAUCAGUUUCUCCCCCAUCAGUUUCUCCCCCAUCAGUUUCUCCCCCAUCAGUUUCAGUUUCUCCCCCAUCGGUUUCUCCCCCAUCGGUUUCUCCCCCAUCGGUUUCUCCCCCAUCAGUUUCUCCCCCAUCAGUUUCUCCCCCAUCAGUUUCUCCCCCAUCAGUUUCUCCCCCAUCAGUUUCUCCCCAUCAAUUUCUCCCCAUCAGUUUCUCCCCCAUCAGUUUCUCCCCCAUCAGUUUCUCCCCCAUCAGUUUCUCCCCCAUCAGUUUCUCCCCAUCAGUUUCUCCCCCAUCAGUUUCUCCCCCAUCAGUUUCUCCCCCAUCAGUUUCUCCCCCAUCAGUUUCUCCCCAUCAGUUUCUCCCCAUCAGUUUCUCCCCCAUCGGUUUCUCCCCCAUCAGUUUCUCCCCCAUCAGUUUCUCCCCCAUCAGUUUCUCCCCCAUCAGUUUCUCCCCCAUCAGUUUCUCCACAGCAGUUUCUCCCCAUCAGUUUCUCCCCAUCAGUUUCUCCCCCAUCAGUUUCUCCCCAUCAGUUUCAGUUUCUCCCCCAUCGGUUUCUCCCCCAUCGGUUUCUCCCCCAUCGGUUUCUCCCCCAUCAGUUUCUCCCCCAUCAGUUUCUCCCCCAUCAGUUUCUCCCCCAUCAGUUUCUCCCCAUCAGUUUCUCCCCAUCAGUUUCUCCCCCAUCAGUUUCUCCCCCAUCAGUUUUCUCCCCCAUCAGUUUCUCCCCCAUCAGUUUCUCCCCCAUCAGUUUCUCCCCAUCAGUUUCUCCCCCAUCAGUUUCUCCCCAUCAGUUUCAGUUUCUCCCCCAUCGGUUUCUCCCCCAUCGGUUUCUCCCCCAUCAGUUUCUCCCCCAUCAGUUUCUCCCCCAUCAGUUUCUCCCCCAUCAGUUUCUCCCCCAUCAGUUUCUCCCCCAUCAGUUUCUCCCCAUCAGUUUCUCCCCAUCAGUUUCUCCCCAUCAGUUUCUCCCCCAUCAGUUUCUCCCCCAUCAGUUUCUCCCCCAUCAGUUUCUCCCCCAUCAGUUUCUCCCCCAUCAGUUUCUCCCCAUCAGUUUCUCCCCCAUCAGUUUCUCCCCAUCAGUUUCUCCCCAUCAGUUUCUCCCCAUCAGUUUCUCCCCCAUUCAGUUUCUCCCCCAUCAGUUUCUCCCCCAUCAGUUUCUCCCCCAUCAGUUUCUCCCCCAUCAGUUUCUCCCCAUCAGUUUCUCCCCCAUCAGUUUCUCCCCCAUCAGUUUCUCCCCCAUCAGUUUCUCCCCCAUCAGUUUCUCCCCCAUCAGUUUCUCCCCCAUCAGUUUCUCCCCCAUCAGUUUCUCCCCCAUCAGUUUCUCCCCCAUCAGUUCUCCCCCAUCAGUUUCUCCCCCAUCAGUUUCUCCCCCAUCGGUUUCUCCCCCAUCGGUUUCUCCCCCAAUCGGUUUCUCCCCCAUCAGGUUUCUCCCCCAUCAGUUUCUCCCCCAUCAGUUUCUCCCCCAUCAGUUUCUCCCCCAUCAGUUUCUCCCCAUCAGUUUCUCCCCAUCAGUUUCUCCCCAUCAGUUUCUCCCCCAUCAGUUUCUCCCCCAUCAGUUUCUCCCCCAUCAGUUUCUCCCCCAUCAGUUUCUCCCCCAUCAGUUUCUCCCCCAUCAGUUUCUCCCCCAUCAGUUUCUCCCCCAUCAGUUUCUCCCCAUCAGUUUCUCCCCCAUCAGUUUCUCCCCCAUCAGUUUCUCCCCCAUCAGUUUCUCCCCCAUCAGUUUCUCCCCCAUCAGUUUCUCCCCAUCAGUUUCUCCCCCAUCAGUUUCUCCCCCAUCAGUUUCUCCCCCAUCAGUUUCUCCCCCAUCAGUUUCUCCCCCAUCAGUUUCUCCCCCAUCAGUUUCUCCCCCAUCAGUUUCUCCCCCAUCAGUUUCAGUUUCUCCCCCAUCGGUUUCUCCCCCAUCGGUUUCUCCCCCAUCGGUUUCUCCCCCAUCAGUUUCUCCCCCAUCAGUUUCUCCCCCAUCAGUUUCUCCCCCAUCAGUUCUCCCCCAUCAGUUUCUCCCCAUCAAUUUCUCCCCAUCAGUUUCUCCCCCAUCAGUUUCUCCCCCAUCAGUUUCUCCCCCAUCAGUUUCUCCCCCAUCAGUUUCUCCCCAUCAGUUUCUCCCCAUCAGUUUCUCCCCCAUCAGUUUCUCCCCCAUCAGUUUCUCCCCCAUCAGUUUCUCCCCAUCAGUUUCUCCCCAUCAGUUUCUCCCCCAUCAGUUUCUCCCCCAUCAGUUUCUCCCCCAUCAGUUUCUCCCCCAUCAGUUUCUUCCCCCAUCAGUUUCUCCCCAUCAGUUUCUCCCCCAUCAGUUUCUCCCCCAUCAGUUUCUCCCCCAUCAGUUUCUCCCCAUCAGUUUCUCCCCCAUCAGUUUCUCCCCCAUCAGUUUCUCCCCCAUCAGUUUCUCCCCCAUCAGUUUCUCCCCCAUCAGUUUCUCCCCAUCAGUUUCUCCCCCAUCAGUUUCUCCCCCAUCAGUUUUCUCCCCCAUCAGUUUCUCCCCCAUCAGUUUUCUCCCCCAUCAGUUUCUCCCCCAUCAGUUUCUCCCCCAUCAGUUUCUCCCCCAUCAGUUUCUCCCCAAUCAGUUUCUCCCCAUCAGUUUCUCCCCCAUCAGUUUUCUCCCCAUCAGUUUCUCCCCCAUCAGUUUCUCCCCCAUCAGUUUCUCCCCAUCAGUUUCUCCCCCAUCAGUUUCUCCCCCAUCAGUUUCUCCCCCAUCAGUUUCUCCCCCAUCAGUUUCUCCCCCAUCAGUUUCUCCCCCAUCAGUUUCUCCCCAUCAGUUUCUCCCCCAUCAGUUUCUCCCCAUCAGUUUCUCCCCCAUCAGUUUCUCCCCCAUCAGUUUCUCCCCAUCAGUUUCUCCCCCAUCAGUUUCUCCCCCAUCAGUUUCUCCCCCAUCAGUUUCUCCCCCAUCAGUUUCUCCCCCAUCAGUUUCUCCCCCAUCAGUUUCUCCCCAUCAGUUUCUCCCCCAUCAGUUUCUCCCCCAUCAGUUUCUCCCCAUCAGUUUCUCCCCCAUCAGUUUCUCCCCCAUCAGUUUCUCCCCCAUCAGUUUCUCCCCCAUCAGUUUCUCCCCCAUCAGUUUCAGUUUCUCCCCCAUCGGUUUCUCCCCCCAUCGGUUUCUCCCCCAUCGGUUUCUCCCCCAUCAGUUUCUCCCCCAUCAGUUUCUCCCCAUCAGUUUCUCCCCCAUCAGUUUCUCCCCCAUCAGUUUCUCCCCAUCAAUUUCUCCCCCAUCAGUUUCUCCCCCAUCAGUUUCUCCCCCAUCAGUUUCUCCCCCAUCAGUUUCUCCCCCAUCAGUUUCUCCCCCAUCAGUUUCUCCCCCAUCAGUUUCUCCCCCAUCAGUUUCUCCCCAUCAGUUUCUCCCCCAUCAGUUUCUCCCCCAUCAGUUUCUCCCCAUCAGUUUCUCCCCCAUCAGUUUCUCCCCCAUCAGUUUCUCCCCCAUCAGUUUCUCCCCAUCAGUUUCUCCCCCAUCAGUUUCAGUUUCUCCCCCAUCGGUUUCUCCCCCAUCGGUUUCUCCCCCAUCGGUUUCUCCCCCAUCAGUUUCUCCCCAUCAGUUCUCCCCCAUCCAGUUUCUCCCCAUCAGUUUCUCCCCCAUCAGUUUCUCCCCAUCAAUUUCUCCCCAUCAGUUUCUCCCCCAUCAGUUUCUCCCCCAUCAGUUUCUCCCCCAUCAGUUUCUCCCCCAUCAGUUUCUCCCCAUCAGUUUCUCCCCCAUCAGUUUCUCCCCCAUCAGUUUCUCCCCCAUCAGUUUCUCCCCCAUCAGUUUCUCCCCCAUCAGUUUCUCCCCCAUCAGUUUCUCCCCCAUCAGUUUCUCCCCCAUCAGUUUCUCCCCCAUCAGUUUCUCCCCCAUCAGUUUCUCCCCCAUCAGUUUCUCCCCCAUCAGUUUCUCCCCAAUCAGUUUCUCCCCAUCAGUUUCUCCCCCAUCAGUUUCUCCCCCAUCAGUUUCUCCCCCAUCAGUUUCUCCCCCAUCAGUUUCUCCCCAUCAGUUUCUCCCCCAUCAGUUUCUCCCCCAUCAGUUUCUCCCCCAUCAGUUUCUCCCCCAUCAGUUUCUCCCCAUCAGUUUCUCCCCCAUCAGUUUCUCCCCAUCAGUUUCUCCCCCAUCAGUUUUCUCCCCCAUCAGUUCUCCCCCAUCAGUUUCUCCCCCAUCAGUUUCUCCCCCAUCAGUUUCUCCCCCAUCAGUUUCUCCCCAUCAGUUUCUCCCCCAUCAGUUUCUCCCCCAUCAGUUUUCUCCCCCAUCAUUUUCUCCCCCAUCAGUUUCUCCCCCAUCAGUUUCUCCCCCAUCAGUUUCUCCCCCAUCAGGUUUCCUCCCCAUCAGUUUCUCCCCAUCAGUUUUCUCCCCAUCAGUUUCUCCCCCAUCAGUUUCUCCCCCAUCAGUUUCUCCCCCAUCAGUUUCUCCCCCAUCAGUUUCUCCCCCAUCAGUUUUCUCCCCCAUCAGUUCUCCCCCAUCAGUUUCUCCCCCAUCAGUUUCUCCCCAUCAGUUUCUCCCCCAUCAGUUUCUCCCCAUCAGUUUCUCCCCCAUCAGUUUCUCCCCAUCAGUUUCUCCCCAUCAGUUUCUCCCCAUCAGUUUCUCCCCCAUCAGUUUCUCCCCCAUCAGUUUCUUCCCCCAUCAGUUGUCUCCCCAUCAGUUCUCCCCAUCAGUUUCUCCCCAUCAGUUUCUCCCCCAUCAGUUUCUCCCCAUCAGUUUCUCCCCCAUCAGUUUCUCCCCAUCAGUUUCUCCCCCAUCAGUUUUCUCCCCCAUCAGUUUCUCCCCCAUCAGUUUCUCCCCCAUCAGUUUCUCCCCAUCAGUUUCUCCCCCAUCAGUGUUCUCCCCCAAGUUUCUCCCCCAUCAGUUUCUCCCCCAUCAGUUCUCACCCCUCAGUUUCUCCCCCAUCAGUUUCUCCCCCAUCAGUUUCUCCCCCCAUCAGUUUCUCCCCCAUCAGUUUACUCCCCAUCAGUUUCUCCCCCAUCAGUUUCUCCCCAUCAGUUUCUCCCCCAUCAGUUUCUCCCCCAUCAGUUUCUCCCCAUCAGUUUCUCCCCCAUCAGUUUCUCCCCCAUCAGUUUCUCCCCCAUCAGUUUCUCCCCCAUCAGUUUCUCCCCAUCAGUUUCUCCCCCAUCUAUUUUCUCCCCAUCAGUUUCUCCCCCAUCAGUUUCUCCCCCAUCAGUUUUCUCCCCCAUCAGUUCUCCCCCAUCAGUUUCUCCCCCAUCAGUUUUCUCCCCCAUCAGUUUCUCCCCCAUCAGUUUCUCCCCCAUCAGUUUCUCCCCAUCAGUUUCUCCCCCAUCAGUUUCUCCCCAUCAGUUUCUCCCCAUCAGUUUCUCCCAUCAGUUUCUCCCCCAUCAGUUUCUCCCCCAUCAGUUUCUCCACAGCAGUUUCUCCCCAUCAGUUUCUCCCCCAUCAGUUUCUCCACAUCAGUUUCUCCCCAUCAGUUUCUCCCCCAUCAGUUUCUCCCCCAUCAGUUUCUCCCCCAUCAGUUUCUCCCCCAUCAGUUUCUCCCCAUCAGUUUCUCCCCAUCAGUUUCUCCCCCAUCAGUUUCUCCCCCAUCAGUUUCUCCCCAUCAGUUUCUCCCCAUCAGUUUCUCCCCCAUCAGUUUCUCCCCCAUCAGUUUCUCCCCCAUCAGUUUCUCCCCCAUCAGUUUCUCCCCCAUCAGUUUCUCCCCCAUCAGUUUCUCCCCAUCAGUUUCUCCCCCAUCAGUUUCUCCCCCAUCAGUUUCUCCCCCAUCGUUCUCCCCCAUCAGUUUCUCCCCAUCAGUUUCUCCCCCAUCAGUUUCUCCCCAUCAGUUUCUCCCCCAUCAAUUUCUCCACAGCAGUUUCUCCCCAUCAGUUUCUCCCCCAUCAGUUUCUCCCCCAUCAGUUUCUCCCCCAUCAGUUUCUCCCCAUCAGUUUCUCCGCAUCAGUUUCUCCCCCAUCAGUUUCUCCCCAUCAGUUUCUCCCCAUCAGUUUCUCCCCCAUCAGUUUCUCCCCCAUCAGUUUCUCCCCCAUCAGUUUCUCCCCCAUCAGUUUCUCCCCCAUCAGUUUCUCCCCAUCAGUUUCUCCCCUCAGUUUCUCCCCCAUCAGUUUCUCCCCCAUCAGUUUUCUCCCCCAUCAGUUUCUCCCCCAUCAGUUUCUCCCCAUCAGUUUCUCCCCCAUCAGUUUCUCCCCCAUCAGUUUCUCCCCCAUCAGUUUCUCCCCCAUCAGUUUCUCCCCCAUCAGUUUCUCCCCCAUCAGUUUCUCCCCAUCAGUUUCUCCCCAUCAGUUCUCCCCAUCAGUUUCUCCCCAAUCAGUUUCUCCCCCAUCAGUUUCUCCCCCAUCAGUUUCUCCCCCCAUCAGUUUCUCCCCCAUCAGUUUCUCCCCACAGUUUCUCCCCAUCAGUUUCUCCCCCAUCAGUUUCUCCCCCAUCAGUUUCUCCCCAUCAGUUUCUCCCCCAUCAGUUUCUCCCCAUCAGUUUCUCCCCCAUCAGUUUCUCCCAUCGUUUCUCCCAUCAGUUUCUCCCCAUCAGUUUCUCCCCCAUCAGUUUCUCCCCCAUCAGUUUCUCCCCCCAUCAGUUUCUCCCCCCAUCAGUUUCUCCCCAUCAGUUUCUCCCCCAUCAGUUUCUCCCCCAUCAGUUUCUCCCCCAUCAGUUUCUCCCCCAUCAGUUUCUCCCCCAUCAGUUUCUCCCCCAUCAGUUUCUCCCCCAAUCAGUUUCUCCCCCAUCAGUUUCUCCCCCAUCAGUUUCUCCCCCAUCAGUUUCUCCCCAUCAGUUUCUCCCCCAUCAGUUUCUCCCCCAUCAGUUUCUCCCCCAUCAGUUUCUCCCCAUCAGUUUCUCCCCCAUCAGUUUCUCCCCCAUCAGUUUCUCCCCCAUCAGUUUCUCCCCAUCAGUUUCUCCCCCAUCAGUUUCUCCCCCAUCAGUUUCUCCCCCAUCAGUUUCUCCCCCAUCAGUUUCUCCCCCAUCAGUUUCUCCCCCAUCAGUUUCUCCCCCAUCAGUUUCUCCCCCAUCAGUUUCUCCCCCAUCAGUUUCUCCCCAUCAGUUUCUCCCCCAUCAGUUUCUCCCCAUCAGUUUCUCCCCAUCAGUUCUCCCCCAUCAGUUUCUCCCCCAUCAGUUUCUCCCCAUCAGUUUCUCCCCCAUCAGUUUCUCCCCCAUCAGUUUCUCCCCCAUCAGUUUCUCCCCAUCAGUUUCUCCCCCAUCAGUUUCUCCCCCAUCAGUUUCUCCCCCAUCAGUUUCUCCCCCAUCAGUUUCUCCCCAUCAGUUUCUCCCCAUCAGUUUCUCCCCAUCAGUUUCUCCCCCAUCAGUUUCUCCCCCAUCAGUUUCUCCCCCAUCAGUUUCUCCCCCAUCAGUUUCUCCCCAUCAGUUUCUCCCCCAUCAGUUUCUCCCCCAUCAGUUUCUCCCCCAUCAGUUUCUCCCCCAUCAGUUUCUCCCCAUCAGUUUCUCCCCCAUCAGUUUCUCCCCCAUCAGUUUCUCCCCCAUCAGUUUUCUCCCCCAUCAGUUUCUCCCCCAUCAGUUUCUCCCCCAUCAGUUUCUCCCCAUCAGUUUCUCCCCAUCAGUUUCUCCCCCAUCAGUUUCUCCCCCAUCAGUUUCUCCCCAUCAGUUUCUCCCCCAUCAGUUUCUCCCCAUCAGUUUCUCCCCCAUCAGUUUUCUCCCCAUCAGUUUCUCCCCCAUCAGUUUCUCCCCAUCAGUUUCUCCCCAUUCAGUUUCUCCCCAUCAGUUUUCUCCCCCAUCAGUUUCUCCCCCAUCAGUUCUCCCCCAUCAGUUUCUCCCCCAUCAGUUUCUCCCCAUCAGUUUCUCCCCCAUCAGUUUCUCCCCCAUCAGUUUCUCCCCAUCAGUUUCUCCCCCAUCUGUUUUCUUUCUCCCCCAUCAGUUAUCUCCCCCAUCAGUUUCUCCCCAUCAGUUUCUCCCCCAUCAGUUUCUCCCCCCAUCAGUUUUCUCCCCAUCAGUUUCUCCCCCAUCAGUUUCUCCCCAUCAGUUUCUCCCCCAAUCAGUUUCUCCCCAUCAGUUUCUCCCCCAUCAGUUUCUCACCCAUCAGUUUCUCCCCAUCAGUUUCUCCCCCAUCAGUUUCUCCCCAUCAGUUUCUCCCCCAUCAGUUUCUCCCCCAUCAGUUUCUCCCCCAUCAAUUUCUCCCAUAUGGUUUCUCCCCAUCAGUUUCUCCCCCAUCAGUUCUCCCCCAUCAGUUUCUCCCCCAUCAAUUUCUCCCCCAUCAGUUUCUCCCCAUCAGUUUCCCCCAUCAGUUUCUCCCCCACAGUUUCUCCCCCAUCAGUUUCUCCCCCAUCAGUUUCUCCCCCAUCAGUUUCUCCCCCAUCAGUUUCUCCCCCAUCAGUUUCUCCCCAUCAGUUUCUCCCCCAUCAGUUUCUCCCCAUCAGUUUCUCCCCAUCAGUUACUCCCCCAUCAGUUUCUCCCCAUCAGUUUCUCCCCAUCAGUUUCUCCCCAUCAGUUUCUCCCCCAUCAGUUUCUCCCCCAUCAGUUUCUCCCCCAUCAGUUUCUCCCCCAUCAGUUUCUCCCCCAUCAGUUUCUCCCCCAUCAGUUUCUCCCCCAUCAGUUUCUCCCCCAUCAGUUUCUCCCCAUCAGUUUCUCCCCCAUCAGUUCUCCCCCAUCAGUUUCUCCCCAUCAGUUUCUCCCCCAUCAGUUUCUCCCCCAUCAGUUUCUCCCCAUCAGUUUCUCCCCCAUCAGUUUCUCCCCCCAUCAGUUUCUCCCCCAUCAGUUUCUCCCCAUCAGUUUCUCCCCCAUCAGUUUCUCCCCCCAUCAGUUUCUCCCCAUCAGUUUCUCCCCAUCAGUUUCUCCCCCAUCAGUUUCUCCCCCAUCAGUUUCUCCCCCAUCAGUUUCUCCCCAUCAGUUUCUCCCCCAUCAGUUUCUCCCCCAUCAGUUUCUCCCCAUCAGUUUCUCCCCCAUCAGUUUCUCCCCCAUCAGUUUCUCCCCAUCAGUUUCUCCCCAUCAGGUUUCUCCCCCAUCAGUUUCUCCCCAUCAGUUUCUCCCCCAUCCCAGUUUCUCCCCCAUCAGUUUCUCCCCCAUCAGUUUCUCCCCCAUCAGUUUCUCCCCAUCAGUUUCUCCCCAUCAGUUUCUCCCCCAUCAGUUUCUCCCCCAUCAGUUUCUCCCCCAUCAGUUUCUCCCCCAUCAGUUUCUCCCCAUCAGUUUCUCCCCCAUCAGUUUCUCCCCAUCAGUUCUCCCCAUCAGUUUCUCCCCAUCAGUUUCUCCCCAUCAGUUUCUCCCCCAUCAGUUUCUCCCCAUCAGUUUCUCCCCCAUCAGUUUCUCCCCCAUCAGUUUCUUCCCCCAUCAGUUUCUCCCCAUCAGUUUCUCCCCAUCAGUUUUCUCCCCCAUCAGUUUCUCCCCAUCAGUUUCUCCCCCAUCAGUUUCUCCCCAUCAGUUUCUCCCCCAUCAGUUUCUCCCCCAUCAGUUUCUCCCCCAUCAGUUUUCUCCCCCAUCAGUUUCUCCCCCAUCAGUUUUCUCCCCCAUCAGUUUCUCCCCCAUCAGUUUCUCCCCCAUCAGUUUCUCCCCCCAUCAGUUUCUCCCCCAUCAGUUUCUCCCCAUCAGUUUCUCCCCCAUCAGUUUCUCCCCCAUCAGUUUCUCCCCCAUCAGUUUCUCCCCAUCAGUUUCUCCCCCAUCAGUUUCUCCCCCAUCAGUUUCUCCCCCAUCAGUUUCUCCCCCAUCAGUUUCUCCCCCAUCAGUUUUCCCCAUCAGUUUCUCCCCAUCAGUUUCUCCCCAUCAGUUUCUCCCCCAUCAGUUUCUCCCCCAUCAGUUUCUCCCAUCAGUUUCUCCCCCAUCAGUUUCUCCCAUCAGUUUCUCCCCAUCAGUUUCUCCCCCAUCAGUUUCUCCCCCAUCAGUUUCUCCCCCAUCAGUUUCUCCCCAUCAGUUUCUCCCCCAUCAGUUUCUCCCCCAUCAGUUUCUCCCCCAUCAGUUUCUCCCCAUCAGUUUCUCCCCAUCAGUUCUCCCCCAUCAAGUUUCUCCCCCAUCAGUUUCUCCCCCAUCAGUUUCUCCCCCAUCAGUUUCUCCCCAUCAGUUUCUCCCCAUCAGUUUCUCCCCCAUCAGUUUCUCCCCAUCAGUUUCUCCCCCAUCAGUUUCUCCCCCAUCAGUUUCUCCCCAUCAUUUUCUCCCCAUCAGUAGUUUCUCCCCCCAUCAGUUUCUCCCCAUCAGUUUCUCCCCAUCAGUUUCUCCCCAUCAGUUUUUUCCCCAUCAGUUUCUCCCCCAUCAGUUUCUCCCCCAUCAGUUUCUCCCCCAUCAGUUUCUCCCCAUCAGUUUCUCCCCAUCAGUUUCUCCCCAUCAGUUUCUCCCCCAUCAGGUUUCUCCCCCAUCAGUUUCUCCCCCAUCAGUUUCUCCCCCAUCAGGUUUCUCCCCCAUCAGUUUCUCCCCAUCAGUUUCUCCCCAUCAGUUUCUCCCCCAUCAGUUUCUCCCCAUCAGUUUCUCCCCAUCAGGUUAUUUCUCCCCCAUCAGUUUCUCCCCCAUCAGUUUCUCCCCCAUCAGUUUCUCCCCCAUCAGUUUCUCCCCAUCAGUUUCUCUCCCCAUCAGUUUCUCCCCCAUCAGUUUCUCCCCCAUCAGUUUCUCCCCCAUCAGUUUCUCCCCCAUCAGUUUCUCCCCCAUCAGUUUCUCCCCAUCAGUUUCUCCCCCAUCAGUUUCUCCCCCAUCAGUUUCUCCCCCAUCAGUUUCUCCCCCAUCAGUUUCUCCCCCAUCAGUUUCUCCCCCAUCAGUUUCUCCCCCAUCAGUUUCUCCCCCAUCAGUUUCUCCCCCAUCAGUUUCUCCCCAUCAGUUUCUCCCCCAUCAGUUUCUCCCCCAUCAGUUUCUCCCCCAUCAGUUUCUCCCCCAUCAGUUUCUCCCCAUCAGUUUCUCCCCCAUCAGUUUCUCCCCAUCAGUUUCUCCCUCAUCAGUUUCUCCCCCAUCAGUUUCUCCCCCAUCAGUUUCUCCCCCAUCAGUUUCUCCCCCUUCAUCAGUUUCUCCCCAUCAGUUUCUCCCCCCUCAGUUCUCCCCAUCAGUUUCUCCCCCAUCAGUUUCUCCCCCAUCAGUUUCUCCCCCAUCAGUUUCUCCCCAUCAGUUUCUCCCCAUCAGUUUCUCCCCCAUCAGUUUCUCCCCCAUCAGUUUCUCCCCCAUCAGUUUCUCCCCCAUCAGUUUCUCCCCAUCAGUUUCUCCCCCAUCAGUUUCUCCCCCAUCAGUUUCUCCCCCAUCAGUUUCUCCCCCAUCAGUUCUCCCCCAUCAGUUUCUCCCCAUCAGUUUCUCCCCCAUCAGUUUCUCCCCAUCAGUUUCUCCCCCAUCAGUUUCUCCCCAUCAGUUUCUCCCCCAUCAGUUUCUCCCCCAUCAGUUUCUCCCCAUCAGUUUCUCCCCAUCAGUUUCUCCCCCAUCAGUUUCUCCCCCAUCAGUUUCUCCCCAUCAGUUUCUCCCCCAUCAGUUUCUCCCCCAUCAGUUUCUCCCCCAUCAGUUUCUCCCCAUCAGUUUCUCCCCAAUCAGUUUCUCCCCCAUCAGUUUUCUCCCCAUCAGUUUCUCCCCCAUCAGUUUCUCCCCAUCAGUUUCUCCCCAUCAGUUUCUCCCCCAUCAGUUUCUCCCCCAUCAGUUUCUCCCCCAUCAGUUUCUCCCCCAUCAGUUUCUCCCCCAUCAGUUUCUCCCCAUCAGUUUCUCCCCCAUCAGUUUCUCCCCCAUCAGUUUCUCCCCCAUCAGUUUCUCCCCAUCAGUUUCUCCCAUCAGUUUCUCCCCAUCAGUUUCUCCCCCAUCAGUUUCUCCCCCAUCAGUUUCUCCCCCAUCAGUUUCUCCCCAUCAGUUUCUCCCCCAUCAGUUUCUCCCCAUCAGUUUCUCCCCCAUCAGUUUCUCCCCCAUCAGUUUCUCCCCCAUCAGUUUCUCCCCCAUCAGUUUCUCCCCAUCAGUUUCUCCCCAUCAGUUUCUCCCCCAUCAGUUUCUCCCCCAUCAGUUUCUCCCCCAUCAGUUUCUCCCCCAUCAGUUUUCUCCCCCAUCAGUUUUCUCCCCCAUCAGUUUCUCCCCAUCAGUUUCUCCACAGCAGUUUCUCCCCCAUCAGUUUCUCCCCCAUCAGUUUCUCCCCCAUCAGUUUCUCCCCCAUCAGUUUCUCCCCAUCAGUUUCUCCCCCAUCAGUUUCUCCCCAUCAGUUACUCCCCCAUCAGUUUCUCCCCCAUCAGUUUCUCCCCCAUCAGUUUCUCCCCAUCAGUUUUCUCCCCCAUCAGUUUCUCCCCCAUCAAUUUCUCCCCCAUCAGUUUCUCCCCCAUCAGUUUCUCCCCCAUCAGUUUCUCCCCCAUCAGUUUCUCCCCCAUCAGUUUCUCCCCCAUCAGUUUCUCCCCAUCAGUUUCUCCCCCAUCAGUUUCUCCCCAUCAGUUUCUCCCCCAUCAGUUUCUCCCCAUCAGUUUCUCCCCCAUCAGUUUCUCCCCCAUCAGUUUCUCCCCCAUCAGUUUCUCCCCCAUCAGUUUCUCCCCCAUCAGUUUCUCCCCAUCAGUUUCUCCCCCCAUCAGUUUCUCCCCCAUCAGUUUCUCCCCAUCAGUUUCUCCCCAUCAGUUUCUCCCCCAUCAGUUUCUCCCCAUCAGUUUCUCCCCCAUCAGUUUCUCCCCCAUCAGUUUCUCCCCCAUCAGUUUCUCCCCAUCAGUUUCUCCCCAUCAGUUUCUCCCCAUCAGUUUCUCCCCCAUCAGUUUCUCCCCCAUCAGUUUCUCCCCCAUCAGUUUCUCCCCCAUCAGUUUCUCCCCUCAGUUUCUCCCCAUCAGUUUCUCCCCAAUCAUUUCUCCCCCAUCAGUUUCUCCCCCAUCAGUUUCUCCCCAUCAGUUUCUCCCCCAUCAGUUUCUCCCCCAUCAGUUUCUCCCCAUCAGUUUCUCCCCCAUCAGUUUCUCCCCCAUCAGUUUCUCCCCCAUCAGUUUCUCCCCCAUCAGUUUCUCCCCCAUCAGUUUCUCCCCAUCAGUUUCUCCCCAUCAGUUUCUCCCCCAUCAGUUUCUCCCCCAUCAGUUUCUCCCCCAUCAGUUUCUCCCCCAUCAGUUUCCUCCCCAUCAGUUUCUCCCCCAUCAGUUUCUCCCCAUCAGUUUCUCCCCCAUCAGUUUCUCCCCAUCAGUUUCUCCCCCAUCAGUUUCUCCCCCAUCAGUUUCUCCCCCAUCAGUUUCUCCCCCAUCAGUUUCUCCCCAUCAGUUUCUCCCCCAUCAGUUUCUCCCCCAUCAGUUUCUCCCCCAUCAGUUUCUCCCCCAUCAGUUUCUCCCCCAUCAGUUUCUCCCCAUCAGUUUCUCCCCCAUCAGUUUCUCCCCCAUCAUUUCUCCCCCAUCAGUUUCUCCCCCAUCAGUUUCUCCCCCAUCAGUUUCUCCCCCAUCAGUUUCUCCCCCAUCAGUUUCUCCCCCAUCAGUUUCUCCCCAUCAGUUUCUCCCCAUCAGUUUCUCCCCCAUCAGUUUCUCCCCAUCAGUUUCUCCCCCAUCAGUUUCUCCCCAUCAGUUUCUCCCCCAUCAGUUUUCUCCCCCAUCAGUUUCUCCCCCAUCAGUUUCUCCCCCAUCAGUUUCUCCCCCAUCAGUUUCUCCCCAUCAGUUUCUCCCCCAUCAGUUUCUCCCCCAUCAGUUUCUCCCCCAUCAGUUUCUCCCCAUCAGUUUCUCCCCAUCAGUUUCUCCCCCAUCAGUUUCUCCCCCAUCAGUUUCUCCCCCAUCAGUUUCUCCCCCAUCAGUUUCUCCCCAUCAGUUUCUCCAUCAGUUUCUCCCCAUCAGUUUCUCCCCCAUCAGUUUCUCCCCCAUCAGUUUCUCCCCCAUCAGUUUCUCCCCCAUCAGUUUCUCCCCAUCAGUUUCUCCCAUCAGUUUCUCCCCCAUCAGUUUCUCCCCCAUCAGUUUCUCCCCCAUCAGUUUCUCCCCCAUCAGUUUCUACCCCAUCAGUUUCUCCCCCAUCAGUUUCUCCCCAUCAGUUUCUCCCCAUCAGUUUCUCCCCAUCAGUUUCUCCCCCAUCAGUUUCUCCCCCAUCAGUUUCUCCCCCAUCAGUUUCUCCCCCAUCAGUUUCUCCCCCAUCAGUUUCUCCCCAUCAGUUUCUCCCCAUCAGUUUCUCCCCAUCAGUUUCUCCCCCAUCAGUUUCUCCCCAUCAGUUUCUCCCCCAUCAGUUCUCCCCCAUGCCGGUUCUCCCCCAUCAGUUUCUCCCCAUCAGUUUCUCCCCCAUCAGUUCUCCCCCAUCAGUUUCUCCCCCAUCAGUUUUCUCUUCCCCCAUCAGUUCUCCCCAUCAGUUUCUCCCCAUCAGUUUCUCCCCCAGCAGUUUCUCCCCCAUCAGUUUCUCCCCCAUCAGUUUCUCCCCAUCAGUUUCUCCCCAUCAGUUUCCCAUCAGUUUCUCCCCCAUCAGUUUCUCCCCCCAUCAGUUUCUCCCCCAUCAGUUUCUCCCCCCAUCAGUUUCUCCCCCAUCAGUUUCUCCCCCAUCAGUUUCUCCCCCAUCAGUUUCUCCCCAUCAGUUUCUCCCCAUCAGUUUCUCCCCAUCAGUUUCUCCCCCAUCAGUUUCUCCCCCAUCAGUUUCUCCCCCAUCAGUUUCUCCCCCAUCAGUUUCUCCCCAUCAGUUUCUCCCCCAUCAGUUUCUCCCCAUCAGUUUCUCCCCCAUCAGUUUCUCCCCCAUCAGUUUCUCCCCCAUCAGUUUCUCCCAUCAGUUUCUCCCCCAUCAGUUUCUCCCCCAUCAGUUUCUCCCCCAUCAGUUUCUCCCCCAUCAGUUUCUCCCCAUCAGUUUCUUCCCCAUCAGUUUCUCCCCCAUCAGUUUUCCAUCAUUUCUCCCCAUCAGUUUCUCCCCAUCAGUUUCUCCCCCAUCAGUUUCUCCCCCAUCAGUUUCUCCCCCAUUCAGUUUCUCCACCCAUCAGUUUCUCCCCAUCAGUUUCUCCCCCAUCAGUUUCUCCCCCAUCAGUUUCUCCCCCAUCAGUUUCUCCCCCAUCAGUUUCUCCCCCAUCAGUUUCUCCCCCAUCAGUUUCUCCCCAUCAGUUUCUCCCCCAUCAGUUUCUCCCUCCCCAUCAGUUUCUCCCCCAUCAGUUUCUCCACAGCAGUUUCUCCCCCAUCAGUUUCUCCACAGCAGUUUCUCCCCCAUCAGUUUCUCCACAGCAGUUUCUCCCCAUCAGUUUCUCCCCCAUCAGUUUCUCCCCCAUCAGUUUCUCCCCAUCAGUUUCUCCCCCAUCAGUUUCUCCACAGCAGUUUCUCCCCCAUCAGUUUCUCCACAGCAGUUUCUCCCCCAUCAGUUUCUCCACAGCAGUUUCUCCACCAUCAGUUUCUCCACAGCAGUUUCUCCCCCAUCAGUUUCUCCACAGCAGUUUCUCCCCCAUCAGUUUCUCCACAGCAGUUUCUCCCCAUCAGUUUCUCCCCCAUCAGUUUCUCCCCCAUCAGUUUCUCCCCCAUCAGUUUCUCCCCCAUCAGUUUCUCCCCCAUCAGUUUCUCCCCCAUCAGUUUCUCCCCAUCAGUUUCUCCCCCAUCAGUUUCUCCCCCAUCAGUUUCUCCCCAUCAGUUUCUCCCCAUCAGUUUCUCCCCCAUCAGUUUCUCCCCCAUCAGUUUCUCCCCCAUCAGUUUCUCUCCAUCAGUUUCUCCCCCAUCAGUUUCUCCACAGCAGUUUCUCCCCCAUCAGUUUCUCCACAGCAGUUUCUCCCCCAUCAGUUUCUCCCCCAUCAGUUUCUCCCCCAUCAGUUUCUCCCCCAUCAGUUUCUCCCCAUCAGUUUCUCCCCCAUCAGUUUCUCCCCAUCAGUUUCUCCCCAUCAGUUUCUCCCCCAUCAGUUUCUCCCCCAUCAGUUUUCUCCCCCAUCAGUUUCUCCCCCAUCAGUUUCUCCCCAUCAGUUUCUCCCCAUCAGUUUCUCCCCCAUCAGUUUCUCCCCCAUCAGUUUCUCCCCCAUCAGUUUCUCCCCCAUCAGGUUCUCCCCCAUCAGUUUCUCCCCCAUCAGUUUCUCCCCCAUCAGUUUUCUCCCCAUCAGUUUCUCCCCCAUCAGUUUCUCCCCCAUCAGUUUCUACCCCAUCAGUUUCUCCCCCAUCAGUUUCUCCCCAUCAGUUUCUCCCCAUCAGUUUCUCCCCCAUCAGUUUCUCCCCCAUCAGUUUCUCCCCCAUCAGUUUCUCCCCCAUCAGUUUCUCCCCAUCAGUUUCUCCCCCAUCAGUUUCUCCCCAUCAGUUUCUCCCCCAUCAGUUUCUCCCCAUCAGUUUCUCCCCCAUCAGUUUCUCCCCCAUCAGUUUCUCCCCCAUCAGUUUCUCCCCCAUCAGUUUCUCCCCAUCAGUUUCUCCCCCAUCAGUUUCUCCCCAUCAGUUACUCCCCCAUCAGUUUCUCCCCCAUCAGUUUCUCCCCCAUCAGUUUCUCCCCAUCAGUUUCUCCCCCAUCAGUUUCUCCCCCAUCAGUUUCUCCCCCAUCAGUUUCUCCCCCAUCAGUUUCUCCCCCAUCAGUUUCUCCCCCAUCAGUUUCUCCCCCAUCAGUUUCUCCCCCAUCAGUUUCUCCCCAUCAGUUUCUCCCCCAUCAGUUUCUCCCCAUCAGUUUCUCCCCCAUCAGUUUCUCCCCAUCAGUUUCUCCCCCAUCAGUUUCUCCCCCAUCAGUUUCUCCCCCAUCAGUUUCUCCCCCAUCAGUUUCUCCCCCAUCAGUUUCUCCCCAUCAGUUUCUCCCCCAUCAGUUUCUCCCCCAUCAGUUUCUCCCCCAUCAGUUUCUCCCCAUCAGUUUCUCCCCCAUCAGUUUCUCCCCAUCAGUUUCUCCCCCAUCAGUUUCUCCCCCAUCAGUUUCUCCCCCAUCAGUUUCUCCCCAUCAGUUUCUCCCCAUCAGUUUCUCCCCAUCAGUUUCUCCCCAUCAGUUUCUCCCCCAUCAGUUUCUCCCCCAUCAGUUUCUCCCCCAUCAGUUUCUCCCCAUCAGUUUCUCCCCAUCAGUUUCUCCCCAUCAGUUUCUCCCCCAUCAGUUUCUCCCCCAUCAGUUUCUCCCCCAUCAGUUUCUCCCCCAUCAGGUUUCUCCCCCAUCAGUUUCUCCCCAUCAGUUUCUCCCCCAUCAGUUUCUCCCCAUCAGUUUCUCCCCCAUCAGUUUCUCCCCCAUCAGUUUCUCCCCCAUCAGUUUCUCCCCCAUCAGUUUCUCCCCAUCAGUUUCUCCCCCAUCAGUUUCUCCCCCAUCAGUUUCUCCCCCAUCAGUUUCUCCCCCAUCAGUUUCUCCCCAUCAGUUUCUCCCCCAUCAGUUUCUCCCCCAUCAGUUUCUCCCCAUCAGUUUCUCCCCCAUCAGUUUCUCCCCAUCAGUUUCUCCCCCAUCAGUUUCUCCCCCAUCAGUUUCUCCCCCAUCAGUUUCUCCCCCAUCAGUUUCUCCCCCAUCAGUUUCUCCCCCAUCAGUUUCUCCCCCAUCAGUUUCUCCCCCAUCAGUUUCUCCCCAUCAGUUUCUCCCCCAUCAGUUUCUCCCCCAUCAGUUUCUCCCCCAUCAGUUUCUCCCCCAUCAGUUUCUCCCCCAUCAGUUUCUCCCCAUCAGUUUCUCCCCCAUCAGUUUCUCCCCCAUCAGUUUCUCCCCCAUCAGUUUCUCCCCCAUCAGUUUCUCCCCAUCAGUUUCUCCCCCAUCAGUUUCUCCCCCAUCAGUUUCUCCCCCAUCAGUUUCUCCCCCAUCAGUUUCUCCCCCAUCAGUUUCUCCCCCAUCAGUUUCUCCCCCAUCAGUUUCUCCCCAUCAGUUUCUCCCCAUCAGUUUCUCCCCAUCAGUUUCUCCCCCAUCAGUUUCUCCCCCAUCAGUUUCUCCCCCAUCAGUUUCUCCCCAUCAGUUUCUCCCCCAUCAGUUUCUCCCCCAUCAGUUUCUCCCCCAUCAGUUUCUCCCCCAUCAGUUUCUCCCCAUCAGUUUCUCCCCCAUCAGUUUCUCCCCAUCAGUUUCUCCCCCAUCAGUUUCUCCCCAUCAGUUUCUCCCCCAUCAGUUUCUCCCCCAUCAGUUUCUCCCCAUCAGUUUCUCCCCAUCAGUUUCUCCCCAUCAGUUUCUCCCCAUCAGUUUCUCCCCCAUCAGUUUCUCCCCCAUCAGUUUCUCCCCCAUCAGUUUCUCCCCCAUCAGUUUCUCCCCCAUCAGUUUCUCCCCAUCAGUUUCUCCCCCAUCAGUUUCUCCCCCAUCAGUUUCUCCCCCAUCAGUUUCUCCCCCAUCAGUUUCUCCCCCAUCAGUUUCUCCCCCAUCAGUUUCUCCCCAUCAGUUUCUCCCCAUCAGUUUCUCCCUCCCCAUCAGUUUCUCCCCCAUCAGUUUCUCCACAGCAGUUUCUCCCCCAUCAGUUUCUCCACAGCAGUUUCUCCCCCAUCAGUUUCUCCACAGCAGUUUCUCCCCAUCAGUUUCUCCCCCAUCAGUUUCUCCCCCAUCAGUUUCUCCCCAUCAGUUUCUCCCCCAUCAGUUUCUCCACAGCAGUUUCUCCCCCAUCAGUUUCUCCACAGCAGUUUCUCCCCCAUCAGUUUCUCCACAGCAGUUUCUCCACCAUCAGUUUCUCCACAGCAGUUUCUCCCCCAUCAGUUUCUCCACAGCAGUUUCUCCCCCAUCAGUUUCUCCACAGCAGUUUCUCCCCAUCAGUUUCUCCCCCAUCAGUUUCUCCCCCAUCAGUUUCUCCCCCAUCAGUUUCUCCCCCAUCAGUUUCUCCCCCAUCAGUUUCUCCCCCAUCAGUUUCUCCCCAUCAGUUUCUCCCCCAUCAGUUUCUCCCCCAUCAGUUUCUCCCCAUCAGUUUCUCCCCAUCAGUUUCUCCCCCAUCAGUUUCUCCCCCAUCAGUUUCUCCCCCAUCAGUUUCUCUCCAUCAGUUUCUCCCCCAUCAGUUUCUCCACAGCAGUUUCUCCCCCAUCAGUUUCUCCACAGCAGUUUCUCCCCCAUCAGUUUCUCCCCCAUCAGUUUCUCCCCCAUCAGUUUCUCCCCCAUCAGUUUCUCCCCAUCAGUUUCUCCCCCAUCAGUUUCUCCCCAUCAGUUUCUCCCCCAUCAGUUUCUCCCCAUCAGUUUCUCCCCCAUCAGUUUCUCCCCCAUCAGUUUCUCCCCCAUCAGUUUCUCCCCCAUCAGUUUCUCCCCCAGCAGUUUCUCCACAGCAGUUUCUCCACAGCAGUUUCUCCACAGCAGUUUCUCCACAGCAGUUUCUCCACAGCAGUUUCUCCACAGCAGUUUCUCCACAGCAGUUUCUCCAGAGCAGUUUCUCCACAGCAGUUUCUCCACAGCAGUUUCUCCACAGCAGUUUCUCCACAGCAGUUUCUCCAGAGCAGUUUCUCCACAACAGUUUCUCCACAGCAGUUUCUCCACAGCAGUUUCUCCACAGCAGUUUCUCCACAGCAGUUUCUCCACAUCAGUUUCUCCACAGCAGUUUCUCCACAGCAGUUUCUCCACAGCAGUUUCUCCCCAUCAGUUUCUCCACAGCAGUUUCUCCCCAUCAGUUUCUCCACAGCAGUUUCUCCACAGCAGUUUCUCCACAGCAGUUUCUCCACAGCAGUUUCUCCACAGCAGUUUCUCCACAGCAGUUUCUCCACAGCAGUUUCUCCAGAGCAGUUUCUCCACAGCAGUUUCUCCACAGCAGUUUCUCCACAGCAGUUUCUCCACAGCAGUUUCUCCACAGCAGUUUCUCCACAGCAGUUUCUCCACAGCAGUUUCUCCACAGCAGUUUCUCCACAGCAGUUUCUCCACAGCAGUUUCUCCACAGCAGUUUCUCCACAGCAGUUUCUCCACAGCAGUUUCUCCACAGCAGUUUCUCCACAGCAGUUUCUCCACAGCAGUUUCUCCACAGCAGUUUCUCCACAGCAGUUUCUCCCCAUCAGUUUCUCCACAGCAGUUUCUCCCCAUCAGUUUCUCCACAGCAGUUUCUCCCCAUCAGUUUCUCCACAGCAGUUUCUCCCCAUCAGUUUCUCCACAGCAGUUUCUCCCCAUCAGUUUCUCCACAGCAGUUUCUCCACAGCAGUUUCUCCACAGCAGUUUCUCCACAGCAGUUUCUCCACAGCAGUUUCUCCACAGCAGUUUCUCCCCAUCAUUUCUCCACAGCAGUUUCUCCACAGCAGUUUCUCCAGAGCAGUUUCUCCACAGCAGUUUCUCCACAGCAGUUUCUCCACAGCAGUUUCUCCACAGCAGUUUCUCCAGAGCAGUUUCUCCACAGCAGUUUCUCCACAGCAGUUUCUCCACAGCAGUUUCUCCACAGCAGUUUCUCCACAGCAGUUUCUCCACAGCAGUUUCUCCACAGCAGUUUCUCCACAGCAGUUUCUCCACAGCAGUUUCUCCACAGCAGUUUCUCCACAGCAGUUUCUCCACAGCAGUUUCUCCACAGCAGUUUCUCCACAGCAGUUUCUCCACAGCAGUUUCUCCACAGCAGUUUCUCCACAGCAGUUUCUCCACAGCAGUUUCUCCACAGCAGUUUCUCCACAGCAGUUUCUCCACAGCAGUUUCUCCACAGCAGUUUCUCCACAGCAGUUUCUCCACAGCAGUUUCUCCCCAUCAGUUUCUCCACAGCAGUUUCUCCCCAUCAGUUUCUCCACAGCAGUUUCUCCCCAUCAGUUUCUCCACAGCAGUUUCUCCCCAUCAGUUUCUCCACAGCAGUUUCUCCCCAUCAGUUUCUCCACAGCAGUUUCUCCACAGCAGUUUCUCCACAGCAGUUUCUCCACAGCAGUUUCUCCACAGCAGUUUCUCCACAGCAGUUUCUCCCCAUCAGUUUCUCCACAGCAGUUUCUCCCCAUCAGUUUCUCCACAGCAGUUUCUCCACAGCAGUUUCUCCAGAGCAGUUUCUCCACAGCAGUUUCUCCACAGCAGUUUCUCCACAGCAGUUUCUCCACAGCAGUUUCUCCAGAGCAGUUUCUCCACAGCAGUUUCUCCACAGCAGUUUCUCCACAGCAGUUUCUCCACAGCAGUUUCUCCACAGCAGUUUCUCCACAGCAGUUUCUCCACAGCAGUUUCUCCACAGCAGUUUCUCCACAGCAGUUUCUCCACAGCAGUUUCUCCCCAUCAGUUUCUCCACAGCAGUUUCUCCCCAUCAGUUUCUCCACAGCAGUUUCUCCACAGCAGUUUCUCCAGAGCAGUUUCUCCACAGCAGUUUCUCCACAGCAGUUUCUCCACAGCAGUUUCUCCACAGCAGUUUCUCCAGAGCAGUUUCUCCACAGCAGUUUCUCCACAGCAGUUUCUCCACAGCAGUUUCUCCACAGCAGUUUCUCCACAGCAGUUUCUCCACAGCAGUUUUCUCCACAGCAGUUUCUCCACAGCAGUUUCUCCACAGCAGUUUCUCCACAGCAGUUUCUCCACAGCAGUUUCUCCACAGCAGUUUCUCCACAGCAGUUUCUCCACAGCAGUUUCUCCACAGCAGUUUCUCCACAGCAGUUUCUCCACAGCAGUUUCUCCACAGCAGUUUCUCCACAGCAGUUUCUCCACAGCAGUUUCUCCACAGCAGUUUCUCCACAGCAGUUUCUCCACAGCAGUUUCUCCACAGCAGUUUCUCCACAGCAGUUUCUCCACAGCAGUUUCUCCACAGCAGUUUCUCCACAGCAGUUUCUCCACAGCAGUUUCUCCACAGCAGUUUCUCCACAGCAGUUUCUCCACAGCAGUUUCUCCACAGCAGUUUCUCCACAGCAGUUUCUCCACAGCAGUUUCUCCACAGCAGUUUCUCCACAGCAGUUUCUCCACAGCAGUUUCUCCACAGCAGUUUCUCCAGAGCAGUUUCUCCACAGCAGUUUCUCCACAGCAGUUUCUCCACAUCAGUUUCUCCACAGCAGUUUCUCCACAGCAGUUUCUCCACAGCAGUUUCUCCACAGCAGUUUCUCCACAGCAGUUUCUCCACAGCAGUUUCUCCACAGCAGUUUCUCCACAGCAGUUUCUCCAGAGCAGUUUCUCCACAGCAGUUUCUCCACAGCAGUUUCUCCACAGCAGUUUCUCCACAGCAGUUUCUCCACAGCAGUUUCUCCACAGCAGUUUCUCCACAGCAGUUUCUCCACAGCAGUUUCUCCACAGCAGUUUCUCCACAGCAGUUUCUCCACAGCAGUUUCUCCACAGCAGUUUCUCCACAGCAGUUUCUCCACAGCAGUUUCUCCACAGCAGUUUCUCCACAGCAGUUUCUCCACAGCAGUUUCUCCACAGCAGUUUCUCCACAGCAGUUUCUCCACAGCAGUUUCUCCACAGCAGUUUCUCCACAGCAGUUUCUCCACAGCAGUUUCUCCACAGCAGUUUCUCCACAGCAGUUUCUCCACAGCAGUUUCUCCACAGCAGUUUCUCCACAGUCAGUUUCUCCACAGCAGUUUCUCCACAGCAGUUUCUCCACAGCAGUUUCUCCACAGCAGUUUCUCCACAGCAGUUUCUCCACAGCAGUUUCUCCACAGCAGUUUCUCCACAGCAGUUUCUCCACAGCAGUUUCUCCACAGCAGUUUCUCCACAGCAGUUUCUCCACAGCAGUUUCUCCACAGCAGUUUCUCCACAGCAGUUUCUCCACAGCAGUUUCUCCACAGCAGUUUCUCCACAGCAGUUUCUCCACAGCAGUUUCUCCACAGCAGUUUCUCCACAGCAGUUUCUCCACAGCAGUUUCUCCACAGCAGUUUCUCCACAGCAGUUUCUCCACAGCAGUUUCUCCACAGCAGUUUCUCCACAGCAGUUUCUCCACAGCAGUUUCUCCACAGCAGUUUCUCCACAGCAGUUUCUCCACAGCAGUUUCUCCACAGCAGUUUCUCCACAGCAGUUUCUCCACAGCAGUUUCUCCACAGCAGUUUCUCCACAGCAGUUUCUCCACAGCAGUUUCUCCACAGCAGUUUCUCCACAGCAGUUUCUCCACAGCAGUUUCUCCACAGCAGUUUCUCCACAGCAGUUUCUCCACAGCAGUUUCUCCACAGCAGUUUCUCCACAGCAGUUUCUCCACAGCAGUUUCUCCACAGCAGUUUCUCCACAGCAGUUUCUCCACAGCAGUUUCUCCACAGCAGUUUCUCCACAGCAGUUUCUCCACAGCAGUUUCUCCACAGCAGUUUCUCCACAGCAGUUUCUCCACAGCAGUUUCUCCACAGCAGUUUCUCCACAGCAGUUUCUCCACAGCAGUUUCUCCACAGCAGUUUCUCCACAGCAGUUUCUCCACAGCAGUUUCUCCACAGCAGUUUCUCCUGGUCAUGGACAGGGAGGAAAGAGGGCGGGGAAGGGGCGCAUGGUCAUGUGCACCUCGGGCUCCUGCCACAACGUGCGCUCCUCCAACUCCCGAGGGGGUGAGUGGGAGCAGUGCCCUGCACACCACAUGCACUCUGCUCUGCACUCACCUGGAAGGAGAACGGCGUGA